AACUGUUUUGAAAUAGUCUUGGUGACUAAAAAGCAUAUGUCAUAAUAAUUAAAAUAUGUGAAAUUCUUGUGUGGAUGCUGACUCAGCAUGCACAAGAGCAAACAAUUCACUAUAACUGAAGAAACAUUAAAAACAAAAAACACAAACAGUCAUAAAUGCGUCACCAUGGAUACCAACUACUGUAAAAGAAUAAAAAGAAAACGGUAAAGGAAAGUCGACGGUCAAAGCAGUCUACGGUGUGACAUUGUGAGUGUAGGUCUCCGUUAAACGUCUGUAAACACUCAGGCGACAGUGGGUGAAUUUACAGAGAAACUUGAACGCAACACUCCUAGCAACGAACUGAGGGGUUGAGGGGGACAUUGACAACAAAUAUGGACAUCGUUCGAAUAUAAGCCUGCAAAACUGGUUGACCUGUGACCAGAGUUACACCAAGAACCUGAGGAGCGAAGGGAAAGGAUUGAAAAGCUCUGGAUCAUGGAGGCCUACUUUGGCAAUAUUGUGUUCAGUUCCAAAUUUGACUCAGGGAACCUGGCACGUGUGGAGAAGGUGGAGAAGACUAACUCCAGCUCCCCAUCUUCAGGAUUGAGUGCAACCACCACCUCAGGAUUAACUCCCACCCCUGACUAUGAGUUUAAUGUCUGGACACAGCCGGACUCUGCUGGUACAGAACAUGAGAAUGGAAACAGGUCAUGGUUUUACUUCAGUGUGCAGGGCAUAGCUCCGAGUAAAAUGCUAAAGAUCAACGUAAUGAAUAUGAAUAACCAGAGGAAGCUGUACAGCCAGGGUAUGGCUCCUCUCGUACGCACUUUACCUGGGAAGAACCGCUGGGAAAGGAUUCGAGACAGACCCACAUCUGAGAUUAUAGAUAACCAGUUUGUCCUCUCGUUCAAUCACCGGCUUUCAGAGGUGCGAGGGGCAACCACCUACUUCUCCUUCUGCUUUCCGUUCUCAUACAGUGAGUGCCAAGAGAUGCUGCAGGAGUUAGAUAAAAGCUACUCCACUGCUGCUCACCUCUGUCCGAGCAGUUCGACAGGAAGUGUGUAUUAUCACAGAGAGUUGCUCUGCCUCUCCCUGGAUGGCAACAGGGUAGACCUGCUCACUGUGACCAAUUGCAAUGGGAUGCUGGAGGAGAGAGAGCCUCGUCUGCCAAACCUCUUUCCAGACACCAACACACCGAGACCUCAUCGCUUUUCCAACAAAAAGGUGUUUUUCCUCAGCAGCCGCGUGCAUCCAGGGGAGACUCCCUCAUCAUUUGUGUUCAACGGUUUUCUAAACUUUAUUCUGAGAAAAGACGACCCACGUGCUCAUGCUCUUCGAAACAUGUUUGUCUUCAAACUCAUUCCAAUGCUAAACCCAGACGGUGUUGUCCGUGGACACUACAGGACUGACUCCCGAGGUGUGAACUUGAACAGACAGUACCUAAACCCCAGCCCUGAGCUGCACCCAUCCAUCUACGCAGCCAAAACGCUGCUGCUGUACCACCACACACACAAUCAUUCACACACCACACAGUCCAACCUGCACUUGAAUAACUCUGACAACACCACUGCUCCUUCCUCUAAUAUCACAUCUUCCAUUCAGCACCAAGUCCCACUUGAUGUGAACCUAAGCUCACAGAUAUCAGAGAAAGAUGUAAAUCCCACUCAGCCUGACGUCACCGUGCCCAUGGAGGAGAAUCAGUGGGUAAUAACAGAGAUGAGGAAGGAGGGCAGCUCGUCCAGCUCCUUGGAGACUGUAGCCUCUGUUGUUGGUGAUGGAAGGCCUGCGGAGGUGAAGGAGCAGGAGUCAGUGCAACCUCAGGAUGGGGGCGUGGCUUAUUAUGUUGACUUGCAUGGUCACGCCUCCAAACGUGGUUGUUUCAUGUAUGGAAAUAGCCUUCCUGAUGAGAGCCAGCAGGUAGAAAACAUGCUGUACCCCAGGCUGAUUGCAUUAAACUCUGCCCACUUCGAUUUCCUCGGCUGCAAUUUCUCCGAGAAAAACAUGUACGCCCGGGACAAGAGAGACGGCCAGUCGAAAGAAGGCAGUGGACGGGUGGCCAUUCACAAGGCCAUAGGGCUGCUGCACAGCUAUACUUUAGAGUGUAACUACAACACCGGAAAAACCAUGAACACCAUUCCGCCCGCAUGCCACGACAAUGGAAGGGCAACUCCUCCUCCUCCUCCAGCAUUCCCUCCAAAAUAUACUCCAGAGAUUUUUGAACAGGUGGGUCGUGCCGUAGCCAUCUCAGCUUUGGACAUGAUGGAGUGCAACCCCUGGUCACGGCUGGUUCUGUCAGAGCACAGCUGCCUGACGAAUCUACGAGCCUGGGUUCUCAAGCAUGUCCGUAACACCAAAGGCCUGAACACACACAACUCCUCCAACCCUCCAACAAGGUUGCACAAUACUUGCAGCAAAGCGUCCCCGCCAAAAAGCUUCAACAACUUACUGUCUGGAUCCACAUCGGAAAACACCCUCAAUCGAAUUCGCUGCAACAGCCACAGUAGCAGCAGUCAGCAGUCACCGUCUCCCAAGAUGCACAACUCUCCUAGUUUCACUUUUGGCUGCCCUCCGCCUCGUACUCAAACACAGCACAAUGCCACACACACAAAGGGACGUGGGGGCAACAAAACACUCGGGCCAGUGAAAGACUCUAAACCUCAAGAGAAGCGUCGCCCACACCACCACCGCUCCAUCCUUCAGUCUCCUGGCAACAGUCAUGCUCCUUUGCGACCCCCACACUCCCCUCCUUCUUCCUCCUCUUCCUCGUCCUCCCCAGUGUGUGCAGGGAGCUCUUGUCCCCUCCCAGCCUCCAUCAGUAUGACAGGCCUCAGCUGUCCAGACUCUAAGGCAGGUGGGACCAGUUCAGAGGGUUCGUCCAGAAUGCCUCUCCACAUGCGUCCUGCACGUGUGGUGAAAGGGUGUCGCACGCUUGCAAGAGGUUGUCACUACUUGGAGACCUUCACAGGGGCUGCUAAAGACACGGGGGCUGAACACAUCCUAUCCUCCAUCAAAUUUACCAAGUGUGAGCUGCUACCUCACGUGAGUCGCAUCACCAUCCGCAAGACAAGGUCAAAUGAAAACCCAGUUCCAUGGGGCAUCAAAACGACCACCGUUACCAAUAGUCUAUCGUCACCUGGGGAAAAGGAGGAAAUGGCCACCAUGAAGGUGUGGAAGCUGCUUCGACCAGGAAUCCACCGACACCUGUCACUGACAGGUGUGACAAGUAAAACUGGUGGCAAACAAUUGGUAUCAAAAGCUGUAAUGAAGAAGAAGACAGGCAGAAGUGAUCGUCACACAAACACUGCUAUCGCAGAAAAUACAAUAGAAGUGGAAGAAAGACAGCAACAGGCUUGUGGUGGUUUAAAGGAUAGUGAAAUCCCCGUGGUGCCGUUGGUGGAGCAUGUGUGAGACAGCGACCCUGUGCGGAGAAACCUAGGAACUGCAGAAGGGAUGUGAACAUUAACGACGGAAAGAUUGUACGGGUUAUUAUUAAGUGCAAUAUUUUUUUAUGUUUAUUUAAGAUUUUUUGUUAAAGUUCUUUUUAAGAAAACAACUUAGUUAAAUAAUUAUGCAGUUUUGAGCAGCUCCUGUGAUGUUGGUGAAGUGCCUUGUUGUGUAUCACCACAGCAGGAUGGAAGCAGGAUUUAGACACUAUCUCUCUCUCUUGUUUCAAUGAAAAAAUUAUUAUUAUGUUAAGCAUUUUAUUUUU